AUGGCAUCUGACGAGAUUGUGUGGCAAAUCAUCAACCAGCAAUUCUGCUCCUACAAACUCAAGACCACCAAGGAGAAGAACUUCUGCCACAACGAAUACAAUGUCACUGGCCUCUGCAAUAGGCAGUCGUGCCCCUUGGCAAACUCUCGCUAUGCCACCGUCAGAGCCAACCCUCAGACCGGCACCCUGUACCUGUACAUGAAGACCAUCGAGCGUGCGCAUCUCCCCUCCAAGAUGUGGGAGAGGAUAAAGCUGGACCAAAACUACGCCAAAGCUCUCGAGCAGAUCGACUCCCGCCUCAUCUACUGGCCCAAGUUCCUCGUCCACAAGUGCAAGCAGCGCCUGACCCGCCUCACCCAGGUCGCCAUCCGCAUGCGGCGGAUAGCCAAGGAGGACGCCCGCCUGGGAGAGCAGCUGGUGCCCAAGAUGGCGCCCAAGAUCCGCCGCCGCGAGGAGACGAGGGAGCGCAAGGCCGAGGCGGCCGCCAAGCUGGAGCGGACGAUCGAGAGGGAGCUGCUGGAGCGUCUCAGGUCCGGCGCCUACGGCGACCAGCCCCUCAACGUCAGCGAGACCAUCUGGAAGAAGGUGCUGAACGCCAUGGAGCGCGAGGGCACCGGCCAGCGCGACCAGGACAUGGACAAGGGCAUCGAGGAGGAGGAAGACGAGGAGGAGGCCGAGGCCGAGUACGAGCAGGAGGACGACGUCAACGGCGAGGCCCUCGUCGAGUACGUCAGCGACUUUGACGAGAGCGAGGACGACCUCGAGGACAUCGAGGACUGGCUCGACAGCGAGGAGUCUGGCGACGAGGAGGACUCGACCGAGGAGGAGACGGACAGCGAGGAGCAGACCAAGAAGAAGGCCGGCGACAAGCGCAAGAGGGGCCGUGUCGUCCGCGUCAAGGCCAAGAAGAACGCCCGUCGCGAACGCGAGCGCGAGCUCGAGCUGGAGAAGACUGCUAUGGCUCAGACCUUGGACUUUUAA